AUGGCCCGAGAAUUGGUCAGCAACGGCCGGCGUAGAGGUGUUCCGAUGGGGCCGCUCUUUCCUGCAUGCGGGGCUUUCCUGACUUUGGCAUCCUGUUGGGUCAAUCUUGGAGAUGGCUUCGGCACCAAGUCCCGGGCCCGACUGUCUCAAUUGGAUUUACGAUUGGCUCAAUUGCAUGGCAUCACCUCCCUGUCGGCGAUUGCUGAGCCGCCGGUGCGAACACGGCCCCCAGAUGUCACAGCAGCAACCGCAGUUGAGCGGAGCGAGUGGACGGAGUGUUUCAUCAAGAACCCGGAGACUGGAAAUGACUGCGUAGGCAACCUUCGUUUGGAAACGUGGAUCUUCAGGACCACGGACUACGGGGAUUUUCAGCAUUUUCUAAAAAUCCGCGGUUUUCAGAAUGAGGGGCAGCAGGCAUCACUCAGCUGCAGAGAACGGCAGAUAGAUCCUGAGAUCAAAUGUUCAGAGUGCGUCCGCCUUCUGCGUGGAGGGUAUUAUGGUCACUUGGGUGUUUCAGUCCCAGCAUACCCUCCCCAAUCAGAUGCUUUGGGCUGCUUGGCAUUGUCAAAGCUUAUUGAUAUGCCGGCUCCCUCAACUACCGAAGAUGACAGCGGUGACUGGGACGGAGAUGAGGGUCGCCAAACCGCUUUCUGCAAUAGCGUCAAUGUACGCAUGGAGCAGGCCAGGAGCCAGCAGUUUUGGGCGUAG